UUUUCACUCUUCCUAUUCGCUCUGCUAUGGAUAUCCAAAAUUCUCUUCAGAAACAGGAAGAGAGAAGUGCCUUAAGCUGGCGGUGCACGCCCUGUGAUAGGCCAUCUCCAUCUCCUCGGAGGGCCACAACCAGCCCACAUAACCCUCAGCACCAUGGCAGACAUGUGCGAGAAUCGGCCGUAAGGGAAUUUGUAAGAGAGUUACAUCAUCAAUGGAAGGAGAACAAGUCCAGUCCAGCACUAGUGGAAAUGAGAAAAUGGUUUUGCCGAUCUAACCCUUGCCAUGAAUAUGAGAAUAAUUGCAGGAAAGCAAAUCCGGAGUACUGCGAAUGGUUGGACAUAAGUGGGGAGGAGAAAGCCAUGAAAAAGAUAGCAAAAGAAUUAGACCAAGUGAUAAUGGAGUGGUUAGAAGAGCACAAGAGCAAGAGAAUACCCGGCCAGGUUAAAGAGGAAUACUUCAUGGAUGUGAUGCUAUCCUUGAUUGAGAAUACAGAGGAGAAUGAUGCUGAUACGAUUAUCUAAGCCACCUGCCUGAUUUCUAUAUUUGCUCUUAUUUCUUACAUGAAUAAUUAAUCAAUUUAAUU